GCGAGAGGAGCGACAUCGGUGGCGGUAGGCCACACAGAGCGCUAGCGCCAAAGAGAGCCGAGGCGGCGAUACCGCGCGGCGCUGCAGCCAAAUGAGAAUCAGUCCAGCGUUGGUCGCCGGCGAGGGCGCAUCUGACAACCCUGUGACAACAGAUACGGGGACGCUCGAGGACAUUUGGGGGAAACGGUCGGCAACAUCCGUUCGUUCGUGAUAACCAUCAUCGAUCCCGUGCGGAUCACAGAAGGAUGUUAACCGUGGUUUCAGCGUCACGGUGCUGACAGUCAGACGCGCUCUGAGAAUCGGCGGGGAUCGGACGGCGGCGCGGAAAAGCUCGGUUAUCGGGAAACUCGGUCGAAUGAGCUGGCUCACCGACAGACGGACGCGUCCGUGAGCCGUGGCGACUCGUUUUCUCGUGUAUAACCAUCGCGUCUCCGCGACUUGGUGCGGUCUGUUGCUUCUCUCGAAUUCGGGGAGGAGAGAGAAUAUUCAUCUGGUGGGUGAAGGCGUGAAGGGUUGGGUGAGAGGAAAAGGGGGUUGGAAAGAAAGGAGUUGUGUGAAAAUCGAGCCGAGGCAAAAGAGAGAACGAGCGCAACGAGUGGGUAAGAGAGGAGAAGAGAUGUCCUCGAUGCCCAACGAUGCCGCACGAAGGCACAACCGAGGCGAAGCUUAGUGCGUGCAAGGUGUACGCGCGGGGACACGCCGCAGGUGCACGGAGGCUGUCACGUGCCCCUGAUAGAGCGAAAACGAUGCCAUUGCCGUGCUCGAGGCACGUACGUUCAGGUGGACCCUGAGAGAAAACUGAAGGCCUCCACGGUCGAAAUUUCAUUCGCGUAAACGUAAAUAAUCAUCUCAGUGCCUACGCAACACGGGAUCCAGCUGGUACCGUUCCUGUUCAACGCGUUUGCAGCCACGUGCGAGGACAACCGAACAGUGAGGAGGUGGAGGAGGCGGAGAAGAAGCCGGUGGUGGCGGAGGUGGUGGUGAUCGAGGAAGGAGCGAGCUGCUCCGAUUCCUCUAUCGCGCAAACAUGAGACGUUGGACUCUCAUGGCGGCUAUAGCCCUGGCUGCAUCGGGACGAAAAGAACCAAUUGCUCAUCACGAAUCUCUGGUUAAAAUUGGAAUGGAAUGAUGUGAACAUGAGAUGGAAUGUGUCAGAUUAUGGGGGAGUGAGAGACCUCAGGAUCCCACCACACAGACUUUGGAAGCCUGACGUACUCAUGUAUAACAGCGCGGACGAAGGGUUCGACGGCACUUAUCCGACGAACGUCGUUGUGAAGAACAAUGGGACCUGCUUAUACGUGCCGCCCGGCAUAUUCAAGAGCACUUGCAAGAUAGACAUUACCUGGUUCCCCUUUGACGAUCAACGCUGCGAGAUGAAAUUCGGCUCCUGGACGUACGACGGCUUUCAGUUGGAUCUGCAACUGCAAGACGAGGCCGGAGGUGACAUCAGCAGUUUCAUCACCAACGGCGAGUGGGAUCUGUUGGGGGUGCCCGGCAAAAGAAACGAAAUUUAUUACAAUUGCUGCCCAGAACCGUAUAUAGAUAUAACGUUCGUGGUGAUCAUCAGAAGGCGGACUCUUUACUAUUUCUUCAACCUGAUCGUGCCGUGUGUCCUGAUUGCCAGCAUGGCCGUUCUGGGAUUCACCUUGCCACCCGAUUCCGGCGAGAAACUAUCUCUAGGGGUAACCAUCCUCUUGUCCCUCACUGUGUUCCUGAAUAUGGUGGCCGAGACAAUGCCAGCGACUUCGGACGCCGUGCCUCUGCUGGGAACGUACUUCAACUGUAUUAUGUUUAUGGUGGCCAGCAGUGUUGUCAGCACCAUUCUUAUUUUAAAUUACCAUCACCGGAAUGCUGACACUCACGAAAUGUCCGAAUGGGUGAAAGUGGUAUUCCUUUAUUGGCUGCCUUGUAUACUUCGUAUGUCACGACCAAGUGAUAAGGAAGAGAGGGAGGCGCAAAAAUCUCAAAAACCGUCUCCAGUCACCGGUAAUUUAGUGACACGAAAAAGCAUCGACACAAGUGCUGGCAAGAGUCACGGUGAUCUGGAGCUUCGUCAAAGGAGCAGCAAGUCCCUCCUAGCGAAUGUCCUGGACCUCGAGGACAACGCUCUGGCGUCCCACAAUAAUCUGUUGAACAACGUGUACAGUACCCCUGGCCCCCACCAUCACACGAUGGGCCACGGGCACAGUCACAUACACGCGACCCCCCAUCAUCAUCACAGCCACGCUGCAACGCCGCAUCAUCAACACUCAACGCCACUGGCACACUCCUCUUAUCCGGCAGCGAUUCAGAUUGGUCACACGCCGCAUCAUCAUCCGCAUCCGCCAGAGACGCCUGGCCCUCAGGUCGAAACGAUACUUCAAAACGCGUGUUUCUGCGCCCGAAACGAGCUCAUGAUGAUCCUCAAAGAGAUUAAGAUAAUCACGGAUCAGCUGAAGAGCGAGGAGUUGAACACGAAGGUGACGAACGACUGGAAGUUCGCGGCGAUGGUGAUCGACAGAAUGUGCCUAAUCAUUUUUACUCUGUUCACCAUCAUCGCAACCAUCACCGUCCUACUGUCGGCGCCACACAUCAUCGUCACGUGAUUCAAAUAUGCUCAGACAACCGGCUCGACCGAGUCGGUGGUCGACGAGGAUCGUGUGUUGCGCAUCGGUGCGGACGGCGAGGAACGCGAACAGGACAGGGACGAUUACGAUGACGAUCACGAUUACCACGACUGUUGUAACCACGUAUGGAUCCAAGCUAGGGAUACUCGAGCAACGUUCAUAACCUGGAUGUCUCUCCUACGCUUAGGCAUGCAGCUGAUCGGGGUUUCUCAAACCUCAGGAUCGUGUGUUACGCCUCGUUUCGGGUGAUCCGCACCGGGUGAUAGGAAGAAAAUUGCGAUGCGAGGACACUAGGCUCUUCGUAUUCUUUAUGAUAUACAUACUAUACAUACAUACACACACACACACAUAUAUA